AGAAUAAAAUAAAUAACUCUUAAAUAUGUGGAAGAAAGUGAUUUUUGCUGUGGUUCUUGUGGCCUUUGUGGGCGUGCAAUUCGCCAAUUCCCUGAGCUGCUACAGCUGCAAGGAUGCCGACACCUGCCGGAACCCCACGCUUCAGGACUGCAACAACAUCACGGCCAACGACAGCACCACGUUUCUCGCAACGUUGCACAAUGUCCCCGAAAUAGCAGGCAGCCAGAGCUUCUUGUGCACCAAUCUCACCUACUCCGACAUCACGUACAAAAAUCGCACCAGCGAAUUCCUGGGCUGUGUCCAUCCCGAUAUCAAGGUCUGUGACUUGAAUCUGAAGGACGGUGCAAACAGCACCGCUUGGAGGAAAGACUGCGACACCUGCAACACUAACUAUUGCAACAAGAAUCCUGCGGGAACCUUCAGUGGCAGCGCCUACACGAUGAUUGGUUCCGUCCUGACGCUCCUUCUGGCCAAGAUUUUUAGUUAGAUGUCACUCGGAAAGGACUUUUGAUGCGUGGAAUAUCGAAAGCAUGGUUUUGUAAAUAUAAAAUAGUUGUGGGAUCAGCGAAGGAUCCACUCGGAAAUUGA